AUGUCAUCGGUCGAUCAAACUAUUCAACAAUUAAAUAUAAUCACUACGGUCACGAUUUCUAUUGUCUACCUUGGGAAUUUUGUGUUUGGUGUCAUUGGUCUUACUUUUAAUGUGUUCGUAUUUACUCGACCAGUGUUACGCGAAACACCAUGUUCUAUCUAUUUCCUGGCCGCAACCUUUGUUAACUUUUUCGUUAUUUUGUUCAUCAUUCCUGUACGUCUUCUGUUGAACAAUUUUAAUAUAGAUUUGAGUACUUACAAUCCUGUAUAUUGCAAAAUACAAAGUUUCGUCUUCUUCACAAUACGUGCACUGUCUUGCUGGUUAAUUACCAUGGCAUGCAUCGAUCGCUAUUUGCACAGCUCACCUGAAAUAUCUUCGCGUCGCUGGAGUUCAUUGAAAACUGCCAAAAUCUCUAUCGCAUUAGUCAGCAUCAUAAUUCCUAUUUCGUAUAGUCAUAUGUUUAUUUUCUAUAAUCUGAUACAGCUCAGAAGAUCGACAGGAAUUCUUGUAUACUCGUGUACUACACAAGAUCCUAUCUAUUCAACAUUUAUUAAUGUUUGGCAUUUGCUUAUGUAUUCACUUUUUCCAUCGUUGCUCAUGCUUAUUUUUGGCUGUCUCACUUUGAAAAACAUCCGCUUUAGAGAUCGUGUCUUUCCGCAAAAUGUUCAUCGUGCUACACGACGAAAACGAACUGAUCUUCUACACAUGUUGUUUGCUCAAGUAAUCGUCAUCAUCAUUUGCACUGGAGCAUUUUCUGUGUAUCAACUAUAUGCAUUAUUCACGAGUAGAUUAGCUAAGGAUUCGUUUCGAAUCAGUCAAGAAAGUGCCGCUAUAAAAAUAUCUGGUGUGCUGUCAUAUUUCCCGCAUUCAACUAGCUUCUACAUGUUCACGUUAACUGGCAGCACGUUUCGUAAAGAAGUUGUUAGAGUUGUUCGACCGUGUUUAUUUCGAAAGCGAAAUCGUGUACAAAUUAUCACUGUUCGAAUUAAUCGCGGUACACGAUGGUAA